UCUAAACAAAACAACAACAACAACAACAAAAAACCAAAAAAAUUAUUUAGCUAAUUUAUUGUUUGGCAGAGUUUAAAUUUCUAGGUAGUAAAAUUGAGAGAGAUUUAGAAAAAAUGAGAUGCUUCUACACACUACAAUGGCUAAAACUGACAAGAGAAAUGGUGAGGGUAUAGAACAGCUGAAACCCUCAUACACUGCUGAUGGAAAUGCAAAACAGUACACUCACUUGGGAAAAGUUUGGAAGUUUCUUCUAAAUUUAAAUACACACUUAACAUAGAACCCAGAAAUCUCACUCUUAGGAAUUUACCCAGAAGAAAUCAAAACACAUUUACAAGAAGACUUGAAUGCAAAUGUACAUAGUUUUAUUUAUAGUAGACAGAAACUGGAAAGAAACCAAAUAUCCAUUAAUAUGUGAAUGUAUAAACAAAUUGUGGACUAUCCACACAAUGAAAUACUACUCAGCAAUAAAAAGGAAUGAACUGACACAAGUAACAACAUAGAUGAAUCUUAAAAGCAUUGUGCUACGUGCAAGAAGCCAGAUAUAGAAGACAGCAUACUGUAUGAUGUUAUUUAUAUGAAAUUCCAGAAAAGACAAAAUCAUAGAAAGUAGUACCUGAGAUCAGGGAGAAGAGUAGGUGAUAGACUUCAAAGGUGUACAAAGGAGCAUUGUGGGAUGAUAGAAAUGUUCCAUAUCUUGGUUUUGGUGAUGAUUACAUGACUCCACAUUUGUUAAAACUCAUCAAAUUGACCAUUUAACAUUGGUAGUUUUAUUUUUUUAAUAAGAGAUUUCUAUUUUAGUUGAAUUCAACAGAAGAAAAAGAAACUGAGGUGAGACUGAAUAAAUUGCUGUAUUAUGUCUUUAUACUGAGCGCUAUCAGCUCCUAAGAGAUUUCUCUAAAGUUAAAAGCAAUUAAUGUAAAUGAUACCUCCAGCUGAUUGAAGUCCACCCUUUCCACACUGAUGUGCAAUUAUAUGGGAAAAAAAAUCAAGUCCAUAUAUGUAGGUAACAAUUUCUGGUUUCUUUUUCUGUUCCAUUGAUCUAUUUGUCUUUCUUUGGCCCAAAGCAGAAUGUCUCACUUAUUAUAGUUUUUAAAAUAGGUCCUGCUAUCUGGUACAAGUCCUACUUUGUUUUUCUUCUUUAAAAAUGUUUUGUCACUCUCAGUUCUUUGCACUUCUUUUCUACAUAUACAACUAUAUAACCAUGUUUAAUGACUGCUUUUUUUAAAAAAAAUACUUCUCAAUCGUCAUAUCUUUCAUUUCUUUUUAUCAUCUUAUUGCACUGGCUAGGAUACCCAAUACAAUGCUGAAAAAUUAAAGUGAUGAUACUGGGCAUCCUUUUCUUAUUCUUAAUCUCAAAGGAGUUUUUCAAUAUUUUAAGAAAUCAUUGCUUAUUAUAUUUUCUGUAGACAUUUUGUUGGUAGGUUUUAAUAAGUAUGUCUUCUUGUCCUAGUUUGCUAAGGAGUUGAAUUUUAUUAACUACAUUUUCUAUAUCUGUUGAGAUUUUUCUUCAAUUUGUUGAUGUGGUGAGUUAAGUACUACAAGCAAGAAUACUUGAUAAUGCUAAAAACUGCUAUUCACAGUGACAAUGUAACAUGUAUCUGUAGACAUAGAUAUAACACCUAAUAUCUAUGCUCGUAGCAACCACCUUUAUAAAGCAGAAACUGCAGUGGAUGCAACAAAAUCAAUUAAUAGAAAUACAGUAAUAAUGACUUCAAUGCAAUGUUGUUACAACGAUCUCUUACAGAAAACACACUUGCCACUUGAUUUUUCCCUAUUUUUUAUGUGAUGAAAUAGACAUAGCAUAAAAUUUACUAUCUUAAUCAUUUUUAAAUUUUUUUAAUUUAAUUUUUUACAAGACGUGGUCUAGCUCUGUCAACCAGGCUGGAGUGCAGUGGCACAAUCAUAGAUCACUGCAGCCUCAAAAUCCUGAGCACAGUAAUCCUCCCACCUCAGCUUCCCAAAGUGCUGGGAUUACAGGCAUGCGAUCCUGCGCCUUGCCUAUCUUAAUCAUUUUUAAGUGUACAGUUAAAGUGGCAUUAACUAUAUUUAUUAAGUACAUUCAUAUUGUUCAUAUUCCAACACCACCACCACCAUCCAUCCAUCCAUCCAUCUCCAGAAUUCUUUAUCUUGCAAAACUAAAACUGUAUGCUCAUUGAACAAUAACUCCCUAUCCCCCUUAAAGCUGUCCCUGGCAACCACAUUCUACUUUCUGUCUCUAUGAAUUUGACUACUCUGGGUACCUCAUAAAAAUGGAAUCAUUCAGUCUUUUUGUGGCUGGCUUAAUUCACUUCAUGUAAUGUCCUCAAGGUUCAUCCAUGUUGUAGCACGUGGCAGAAUUUGUUCUUUUUAAGACUGAAUAAUACUCCAUUGUAUGAGUAUAUCAUAUUUCGCUUAUCCACUCAUCUGUUGAUGGACACUUGGAUUGCUUCCACCUUUUACCUAGUGUGAACAAUACCGCUAUGAACGUGGAUGUGUAAAUAUCUCUUUAAGACCAUGCUGUCAGAUAUUUUGGGUAUACACUUAGAAGUGGAAUUGCUGAAUCAAAUGGUUAUUCUUAGUAUUUGAUGAAGUGUCACACCAUGCGGUUGCACCAUUUUACAUUCUCACCAAUAGUGCAUAAAGAUUCCAGUUUCUUCACAUCCUCACCAUUUAUUUCUUCUUAAUAGUUUCCAUCCUACUGGAAUGGUGAGAAGUGGUAUUUGAUUGUAGUUUUGAUUUGCAUUUCCCUAAUUAUUAGUGAUGUUGAGCAUUUUUUCAUGUUCUUAUUGGCCACAUGUGUAUCUUCUUUAGAGAAAAGUCUAUUCAAAUCCUUUGCCCAUUUCUGCAUUGGAUUGUUUUGCUUUAUUGUUGUUUUUGGAAGUUCUUUAUAUAUUCUGGGUAUUAAUCCCUUAUUCACAUAUAUGACUUGUAAAUAUUUUUUAACUCUGAUAGUGUCUUUUCAUGCACAAGGGUUUUUAAAUUCUUGUCAAGCCCAAUUUGUGUAGUUUUUUUCUUUUGUUGCCUGUGCCUUGAUGUCAUAUUCACAAAAUCAUUGCCAAAUUCAGUGUUGUUAAGCUUUUGCCAUAUGUUUUUUCCUAAGAGUUUGUAAUUUUAGUUCCUACAUUUAGGUCAUGGUCUAUUUUGAUUUAAUUUUUGUAUAUGGUGUAAGAGUCCAACUUCAUUCUUUUGCAGUGGAUCUCCAAUUAUCCUAGUACCAUUUGUUUAAAAAACUGUCUUUAUGCCAAUAACACACUUGUUUUGGGUAAUGUAGCUUUGCAGUAAGUUUUGAAAUCAGGAAGUGAGUCCUUAAACUUUGUUCGUUUUCCAAAAUUGUUUUGGCUAUUUGAGAGCCCUUGUAAUUCCAUAUGAAUUUGAGGAUGGAGUUUUCUAUUUCUGCAGAAACAUCAUUGGGAUUUUGAUAAGGAUUCCAUAGAAUCUGAAGAUUGAUUUAUAUAAUACUAACAUCUAAACAAUAUUAAGUCUUCUAAUCCAUGAACAUGAGAUGUCUUUCCAUUUAUUCAUGUCUUAAUUUCUUUUAGCAAUGUUUUAUAGUUUUAAUUGUACACAUCUUUUACUUUCUUGGUUAAUUCCUAAAUAUUUUUUACUUUUUGAUGUUACUGUAGACGGAAUUGUUUUCCUUUUCUUUUCUUUCUUUUUUAUGAGACAGAGUCUUGCUCUGUUGCCCAGGCUGGAGUGCAGUGGUGCAAGGCACAAUCUUGGCUCCCUGCAACCUCCACUUCCCAGGUUCAAGUGAGUCUCCUGCCUCACCCCCUGAGUAACUGGGAUUACAGGUGCCUGCCACCACACCUGGCUAAAUUUUGUAUUUUUCGUAGAUAUGGGGUUUUGCCAUGUUGGCCAGGCUGGUCUCGAACUCCUGACCUCAAGUGAUCCACCCACCUUGGCCUCCCAAAGUGUUGGGAUUACAGGUGUCAGCCACCGUGCCUGGCUGGAAUUGUUUUCUUAAUUUCAUUUUUGGAUAGCUUCAUUUAGUGAAUAAAAAUGCAACUGAUUUUUGCAUGUUGAUUUCAUAUCCUCCUACCUUGCUGAAUUCAUUAGUUAUAAUCAUUUUUUAAAUGGAAUCUUAAGAAGGACUGGUGUUGGUUCUUCCUUCAACAUUUAGUAGAAUUCAUCAGUGAAGCCAUCAGGUCCAGGGCUUUUCUUUGUCAAGAGGUUAUUUUUAGAUUACUGAUUGAAUCUCCUUACAGGUUACAGGCUGAUAUGGUUUGUCUGUGUCCUCACCCAAAUCUCAUCUUGAAUUGUAGCUCCCAUAAUUCCCACAUGUUGUGGGAGGGAGCCGGUGGGAGAUAAAACUGAAUCAUGGGGGCAGUUUCCCCCAUACUGUUCUCAUGGUAGUGACUAAGUCUCACAAAAUCUGAUGGUUUUAUAAGGGAUUUCCCCCUUCACUGUUCUCUCAUUCUCUCUUGCCUGCUGCCAUGUAAGACAUGCCGUUUGCCUUCUGCCAUGAUUGUAAGGCCUCCCCAUCCACGUGGAACUGUGAGUCCAUUAAACCUCUUUUUUCUUAAAAAAAAAAAAAUACCCACUCUCAGGUACGUCUUUAUUAGCAGCGUGAGAACAGACUAAUACACAGGUCUAUUCAUAUUUUCUAUUUCUUCAUGAUACAAUCUUUGUAGGUUUUUUGUUUCUAGGCAUUUGCUCAUUUCAUCUAGUUUCUCCUUUUUCGGCAUACAAUUGUUCACAGUACUCUCUUACAAUCCUCUUUAUUUCUGUAGAAUUGAUGGUAAUAUUCCCAUUUUCAUUUCUGAUUUUAGUAAUCUGAGUCUUUUUCUUUUUCUUAGUUAAUUUAGCUCAAGUUUUAUUAAUUUUUUAAAUCUUUUUAAGAACCAACUUUUGGUUUUGUUGAUUCCAUUUUUGUUUCUGUAGUUUGAUCUUUUAUUAUUUUCUUCCUCUGCUAGCUUUGUGUUUGCCAUUUGUUCUUGAUAUUUAAUGUUAAUAAAUGUUUUACUUGUUUAUAAAUCUGUUAAUAUUCCAACUGUUUUUUAAUAUAAUUGCUUUCCUUUGUAAUCUUAUGUUUUAAAAACACUUGAAAACAUUGAAACGACAUAGGCUUCACUACACUUGUAAAGGUGCCAUAGCACAAAAAAGGUUAAGAAUCUUACUCCUAUUUAGAAACCCCCUUCCCAAAUCCCCAAUUUCCAUUACAUGUCCUAUUUUCCUCUUAGAUCACUGGUUUUUAGACACAUAAAUAUUCCUGUUAUUCCUUGAACAGAACAAAGCAAAACUUCUAGUCAGGUGUGGUGGCUCAUGCCUGUAGUCCUAGCACUUUGGGAGGCUGAGGUGGGCAGAUGUCUUGAACUCAGGAGCUGGAGAUUAGCCUGGAUGAGAUGGGGAAACCCAUCUCUACAAAAAAUACAAAAAUUAGCUCACUGCCAACCACCUCCACCCAGAAAGGAUUCUCGUGCCUCAGCCUCCUGAGUAGCUGUGAUUACAGGCACCUGCCACCACGCCCAGCUAAUUUUUUGCAUUUUUAGUAGAGAUGGGGUUUUGCCAUGUUGGCCAGGCUGUUAUCAAACUCCUGACCUCAGGUGAUCUGCCCGCCUAGGCCUCCCAAAGUGCUGGGAUUACAGGCAUGAGCCACAGCGCCUGGCCAUCUCCACUUUUUCUUAUCCUCCAAAAGGAUUAACAUCCCUGGCUUUAUGUAGAAUAGUGUACGCUGCCACAUCAGUGUUUGAGUCAUUCCCCAGAAGAGAAGGGAACCCCCCCUCCAUCUUUUUUUUGCAACAUGUUGUCUUCCCUUUGCUGUUGCUUCCCCCCACACACUUGGUUUUGUUCUAUCCUGUACUUCAGAUUUGUUUUUUGUUUUGUUUUUUUCAUAUUGAAAAGAUGACAUUGCUCCAAGAGGCAAAAAUAAAUGUGAACUGAAAAAAAAAGCUUUUUAUCUUAUUAAUUUUUUAAUCCACCUGGAAUGAAUAUUAUGUCAAUUGGGAGCUUAAAUGCAUUUUUCCUCAAAUGGUUAACUAAUCCUCCCAAUAGCACUCAUUUGAAUAAUCUGUCCGUUCCCCAUAUUUGUUACAUGUCUUUUACAAAAUACAACCUAUUUGGGGUAUGUUUCUGGGCUUUUGUUCUAUUGAGCUGUCCAUUUGCUUACACCAGAAAUGCCAGUUUAUUUUUUUGUAGUCUUGCAAUCUUUUAAUUUCUACUAGUGCUUUUUAAUUUAACAUUAAUCCACUGUAUUUGUAUUUUUUUCAGUGAUGGUAAAUGGAAAAAAUUAAAAAUCUAAUGAAAGCAGCCAAAAGCACAUAAUUUAUGUCCUGUUAAGACUUCUGCAUGCAAGUAUCAUGCUCCAAAUAUAUUUUUCAUCUUUACUUUUUAUGACGGAAAGGGCUCAAGUACUUCGGGAAGCAAAACAGAACUGAGGAACGCCGAGAAGAUACAGAGCAGGCAUGUAGGGUAGCGUGGCUGGCAACUGUUCUUACAUAAUUUUAAUCUGAAUUAUACGUAAUGUACGUAAUAAAUUACUAUUUGGAUUUCCCUUUGGCAUAAACAGCCAGGGAAUAUAACUAACAUCAAAGAUCCCGGACUCUUGACACAAUAUACUACUAAUCGUAACACAAUUCUAGAGGGUCAAAAAAGGUAGAGAAGUUUGGACCGUGGAACAGACCUGGUGGAAUGUCGACACGAAGCGUUUCAGGGUAGACAAAGCCUGCUCAGAACACCCAAAACGCGGAGUGUUGCUAAGUUGGGACGCUGAAAGGCAAGGGAGUGACAGGAAGUCCGCAGGCUAAUUCGCCAUUAAGAAACAGAACCGUGGCUUCUUCCACCUCCAGCGUCAUCGGUCCCCAAUUCGCUGUAACAAACGGAUAGUGUCUCGCAGCAUUAGACAACGGACUUGGAAAUCAGUUUGCGACCACGCAUCGGCGCCUCUUCUAUGAAAAGAGGAAGGCGGGUCCAGCAGUGGUAACGACAGAAACAUAGUUCACAUGGGCUACUGCAAACACCCCGCCAGCAGCGGAACCGUUAUCUCGCGAGACGACGGAUCCCCAUAAGGCACAAACCUAGCGCCAAGGUUGGCUGUGAAAGUAGAUUCCAGGGUGCGGAAGUAGCUUUGUGGUGCCACCUCUAACCGCUCGGAGGUCAACCUCCAUUCUACACCGAAAACUAGGCCUUGGCUGCUAUGGAAGGACAGCGGCAAGAAAGCCACGCAACCCUAACACUCGCCCAGGAUCAUUUCAACAAGGGCGAGUACGCGGAGGCCGAGGCGCUGUACUCCGCUUACAUUCGCCAGUGCGCCUGCGCGGCCUCCAGCAACGAGAGUCCCGGGAGCAAAUGCAGCCCUGAGGAUUUGGCUACUGCAUAUAACAACAGGGGGCAAAUCAAGUACUUCAGGGUUGAUUUUUAUGAAGCCAUGGAUGACUACACAUCUGCCAUAGAAGUCCAACCCAAUUUUGAAGUUCCAUAUUACAACAGAGGGUUGAUACUAUAUAGGCUGGGAUAUUUUGAUGAUGCUUUGGAAGAUUUCAAGAAGGUCUUAGAUUUAAAUCCUGGAUUUCAAGAUGCUACUUUGAGUUUAAAACAGACUAUUCUAGACAAAGAAGAAAAACAAAGAAGAAAUGUUGCAAAAAAUUAUUGAUAUUUUUAACUUAACGGAAGUAUUGAUUCAUGAUCCUUACAUCUGCAUCUAGUUAUCAGUAAUUUAAAAUAGAUAUUGAGCUAUUUUGAUUUAUAUUUAAGAAAUUAAUACAUUAGCACUGAAAGUUAAAUAGUGUGUUUAAGGUAGUUAAUUUCAGGUUGAAUGGGUUUUUUUAAUGAAGUAUAAAUAAUACCAAUGUAUAAGUGUAUAUUAUUAUAUUAAAUAUUAUAGUAAAAAGGAAUGUGUGGUGUUUUCUUCAGCAAAACUAUUUUUGUGAUUUUUUUAUUCUCAACUUUUUAUUUAAAAAAUGUUACAUCUGCAGAAAAGUUGAAAGUAUAAUAAAAUAAACUCUUCAGUUAAAUUCAUGAGUUGUUAAUAUUGUGCCACACUUGCUUUUUCUAUUUAAAUAUAUAGCUUUUUGCUGAACCAUUUGAAAAUAAGGUGCCGAGGUCACAGUACUUCGCCCCUAAAUAUUUCAGCCUACAUUUUCUAAGAUUGAAGACAUCCUCCUUUAUAACCACAAUACCUUUAUAAUACCUAAUAAAAUGAAUAAUUCUGUAAUGUCAGCCAUAUCCAGCCCAUAUUCCAAAGUGUGUAGAUUUUUAUUUGGAUCUAGAGCCAAUCAGGUUUCAAUUGCAUUUUUUUUUUUUUAUGUUUCUCUCAGUUCUUUUAAUCUAGUCCCCUGUCCAUUUACUCGCCCUAGCAUUGGCUUUGAGAGAAAGGCUAUUUUAUAUAGCUAGGCUAGAGAGACAUAACAUUUAGGCUUAAAAACAAACAUGUCCUACAAGAGAACAAUUUGAAAGUUCAGCUUGAAUUACGCUUGAUUUUCUCAAGUAAUCAUUGAUAAAAAUAGGUUAAGAUUUAAAUAUUGAACAUAGUUUUCUGUCUCUGGAUAAUGACAAUUGUUGCCAACAUUUACUGAAUACUAUAAGCCAAGCACUGUUCAAAUCUCCAUAAUAAUUUGGUGAUCAGGUAGGAAUGUAUAGAGAGGUGAGGAAAUGACAAAAAGCACUUAGUAAAUAUAAAGUUUAAAAAUCUUUUAUUUUGGUGCUGCCAACAAUUAGGCCCUUUAUGAGGCUAUCAAAAACAGGGAAGAACUUGAAGGGAAAACAAACUAACACCAGCCAUAUGCCAUCUACAUUUUUUGUUUUUUAUUGUUGUUUGGCUUCCAAAGAUUUAGACCCUGCAUCUCAGAUCUCCCAAACUAGUUUAUUACUGCUAUGGAAAAGCUGUUCUGUGGUGGAAAUUACCAGAAUCAGGAGAAAGGAAAGUGUCUUUGCUUUGUGUUUCCAGAGGAAGGCGCAGGGUAACUUCUGUGGCCUCAGAUGCAAUCAUCAUCAGCAGCCUUAAAAUACUUUUUUUGUGUGUGUAUGAGUAAUCUCAUGAAGCAGAAAAAGUAAUUGCCCUGUUUGUAGCUCAUAAGUAAUAUCUGGCAAAAUACAUGGAGAGUUUGGGCUGUAGGUAAGUGAAUAUUAAGAGGAAAUUAAGUUUCAUGGCCUAGAAACAAAGUCUCUGUUUCUGGAAUUAUUCACACUUUCCAAAAUGGUUUAUCUUAUAUUUGUUGGAAAUCUAAAAAAAUUUCUAAAAUUGCAUUAAAAUGUAGAAAAAUCCUUCUUAGGAAAACUUUUUUUUAAAAAAGCAAGUUCCCUAGACCUUGGGAGGGAAAGCUUUAAGCCAUUCCACCCAGAGAAGCAAAUGCUUAAUGUUUAAUAUUAUUUUCUCUUGACUCAUAUUCUCUUUACUCUUGACUGGGAUCAGAUGGAAUAUGAAAAGGAAAAAUUGUUUAACAUUUUCAUGUGGUUUGUUAGAUUAUAUUCAAAAUUUCUUCAUCCUUUAUCAGAAAAAAAAAAGUCACUGAAAUUCAGAAUCAGCAGUUGCUGAUUGUAGACCCAGGCACUCAUUUUCUCUUGUCUUGUUACUGGAAAUAAAGAAUAAUUCAUUUACCUUAUUUAGCGUUGAAACUUUAGGCAUUAUUCAGAUUCUAAGUUUCUGAUUGACCAAAUAAUACCUUGGAUAUUUACCUUAAAAGAUAUUCAUUACUGUUCAUAUUUCCCACAUUUAAGUAUUUGUUAUUUCCUUUUUCUACUAGAAAAGUAACUGUUUUCUAAUUUUUUCCUUUGUAAAAACAAAAGAAUUGUGGUUUGCUAUAAGGUUUCUCUUUCACAAAGAGGUAAGAUAGGAUAAAAUGGAUUUAAGUUACUUUUGAGUUUAGAAUAUUACUCCUAACAGUAGUUGAAAAGUAUGGAGCUGUUUGUUUUUUCUGAAAUUUGGAACUGAAUAAAACCCUUUAUGAUAGCAAA